CAAACCCAUCGAAAGGUAGCAUAGCUGUCAGUGUCAGAGCGCCAAGAAGAAGGAAAAGUUUUGCUUUCCCAUUCGAAUUGCAUCACUUUUCGCGCUGCAAGUAGGCCCAUCCAUCUCCGGAACGGACUUCUUUGAUCGGAGGAGCGUGCCACUCGUCAGUUACGUUCAACAGCUAACCAAAGUUAAGCAAGAUGGGUAGUCCACAUAUGGAGGAAGGCAGUGGUGACAAGUUGGCCCGUAAGGCCCGUGAAUCCCCGUUCAUGCCCAUUGGAUUGGCCGGACUGGCCAUUGUUUGUGGGAUUGGUGCGUACAAGUACAAGAACCGUGGUGCCAUGUCAACGUCGGUGUUCCUGAUGCAGCUGCGAGUGGCCGCCCAGGGGACGGUGGUGGGAGCGCUCUCGCUGGGCUUGGCGUACACGAUGGCCAACGAGUACAUCUUCAACAAGAAGGAGGACAAAUAGGAUGCCGGAUGUCUGUGGGAGUGCAGAUUAGGAAUUAAGUCAUUGAUAGCUGUAAAUAAGUAUUAAUCGCCCAUGUUAGCAGAAUUUCAUAUAUUUAUUGUCGCUUAAAUCGACGCCCGACGAUCGUUCCGGCUUUCCGGCCGUCGCCCUUUGGAAAGCCACCGGGACUGGAUCAAACCUCGAAGGAUGCUCCGAAAACGACCUAUGGCCGGACUGUCCGCAAAAUCUCAACCUCGCUGUGAUUGGUUUGUUGGCAACAAAAACGGGAUUAGUGUGGUGCGAAACUUGCGGAAUGGCAAGCGAAAAGUGAAACGAAAAUAAUUGCGCGAGCGGAAAGGAAGUCGACGGAAGAGUCACGAUGAUUCAGCAGAAAAUGUUUCGUUCUGUGUACAUAAAAGUUUCAUGUUGACCUCACGAUGAGUGGACGGAAA